GCAAUCAUAUCCACAACUAACGAGAUAGAUUCCAGAUAUACAUUUGAUUUUGAUGGUCUACUUAUAAUAUCCACUUGAAAAAUAACUCCUAGUGCUGAUAUUUUGCUGCAGCAAUGGCAGCCAAGGUGGCAAUUUCUUCUGCUCUAGUCACAAAAUUUGCACCAACCCACAAUCUCCUCUCUCCAUCUUCUCAACCUAAUGCUUUCAGCUCAUCAAAGAGAAGGCAAAAUUCUGUCCAAAUAUCUGCAAAAUUGGGAGGAGAGGAGGGAGAAGUCAAGCAGGGAGGGAAGAAGAAAUUCAUCACUAAAGAAGAAGAACCAACGGAGUAUUGGCAGACAGCAGGAGAAAGGGAAGGGGAGAAUCCCAUGAAGACGCCUCUACCUUACAUUAUCAUAUUUGGUAUGUCGACACCCUUUGUAAUCUUGGCCAUUGCUUUUGCUAAUGGUUGGAUAAAGGUCCCAGCUCGAUGAUUCGUUACUGGCUAAGUAAUGCAGGAGCAGGCAUGGGUGCCAAAAUUGCUAUGACUUUGUUGUUCUGGCUUUUUCUUAAUAAUUUGAGUUUGUAAGUAUAAGCAUAUCCAUGUUCUGUACACAUUUUCCGCUGAUGACAACUAUUUUGUGAUAAUAAAAUGUGUAACACGCUUAGAGCCUUGACAAGGUAUCUCCGUUCUCCAUUGAGCUGUUUUGCCCUUGGCGGUAUGAGUUCUCUCCAUCAUGUAUGGUAUAGCAGUUUCAUUUAAUGCCAGGUAUAUCAGUUCCUCGCAUCUCUUGUUCAAGCUCUCAAAUAUAUUCGUAUAGAUGUUACACUUGCUUAUUUUUCCUAGGCAGUUCCCUGUAUGUUUUAAUUUGCAACCUUGUUGAAUCAAUCCACAUGAAUUAGAACAUAAAUGGCAGAUGUAGAUGACAGAUGAGAAAAGAAGAACCUCACUUGCGUACUUUAGUCUGUUCAAUUAAGAAACUUAUGCAUUCACGCUGAUAUCUUAAAAAGAUUGAGAAACAGCAUAUAAUGUUCCAUGCAUGGAUCAUUACUUCAUUCCGUAGUUGGCAUUUUGAAGUUGAAAAAGAUCAAUGCAAAUUUCGAGAUAAGAAUCAUCAGCUAUGCUAGUACAAAUGUCUUGUCCAGUAGGGACUAGAACUGCAUCAUAAUAUGAAGGACAAAUUACGAAUUUAAACAAGUCUUGACAGCAAUGCAGAUUUAAAUGUGUUGAACAAUAAGUUUCCAGCAAGACAUCAAGUAAAGCCCUUUAGAGUAAGUUCAAUGGUGCAUAAAAGUAGAUGUCUUAACUCUGAACUUGAAUUUUUAGCAGAAAGAGAUUCAACUUUAGUGUAGAUGCAGAGUGAUGCUUACUGUUUGAUAAGGAGAGGAUGCACAGAACCAGAGGGUGCAAGAAAACAUUUUGCUAUUUUGGCUGAUCAAGAUUUGCUGCUAAAGACAACCCUUGCUGCAUUGCCAGUUUAUACCUCGUCCCAUACAACUUUAGUCAUAUACCCCGUCCAAUAAGCUGAUCAAGAUGGAGUCUCACUGGGAAGGCUAAUUUGAAAGAGAAUAAUCCCAAGUCUAUUUACGAAGCAAGUGUAAAUCCAAUAGGUACUCAUCUGCAGUAGCAUCCUAAAGAGAGAGACAUCUGAGGGAUGGGUUGGAUAAAGAAAUGGAAAUUUGAUGAAUAUCUUGGAAAACAUUAUUAAUGGUUUACAUCAAUGUCAAUUUCUCCGUCAAAAGGACUCAGGAGCUUAAUCAGUAGGGUUCCCUUUCCUUCGAGUAAUGCAUUAAUGAGGUGUUUGCAGUGGAUGGAAUUUUUUUUGUUCAAUUAUUGUCAUUAUCAUGACACAUUCUUGUGAUGUCAGAAUUUGGCCAUCUGCAUCAAAGAUAAUCUCAGAAUUAACAAAUUCUUGCCGUAUACAACUUAUUUUUCUUGUGAUG